ACGAGAUAAAACAACGAUAAAAAUGUGAGUUUUAGGUAUUUAUAACUUGUUUAGUGCCACAUACUUUGUAUUCUGUUAAAAUGUUCUCUAAAACGGUUAUAUUUUCACUAUUCUUGUUUUCGUUAAUUUCCUGGGUAAUUAGUGAAGAUUGCGACAAAAAUUUACCUCAAGAUGAAGAAAUUGCUAAGGAUUUUAAGCACAUGGCUAUGUUAGGUUAUGAUAUUGGAUCGAGAAUAAUUUACGGUUGUGUUGGAAUUUUAAUCGAUCAAAAUCAUGUUUUAACAACCGCGGAAUGUAGUAGAAAGGAAACGAUUGGUGCUCCAAUUAGUGUCCGAUUAGGAAUAUCUUGCGAACACUUUCAAUACCACAACAUCUCAAAUAUUUCAGCUCAUCCUGAAUUUGAUCCCGAUUCUUUUGAAAAUGCUACCAGAAGUGUAGCUUUGGUAAAAUUAGAAACGCCAGCUGAAUCAACUGAUUUUGUAAAUCCGACGAAAUUGUAUAAAACGAAAAUUUUUGAUAAACAAAAACCAAUUGAAGCCGCGUGGGUUCGAUUACCCGAUAAUGAAGAUCAAUUAAUUGUCGUUAAAUUUAUUUUAAAAAUCCUCCCAUUUCCAAAAUGUUCUGAAAAUUAUCAUACUAGGACUCCUUCGGUUGAAAUAAGAAAGAAAUCGGAAGUUUGCGCUUAUCCUAUAGAAGAACCACAAGAUUCGUUGGGAAUUAUUCAUUUGAUGAAAAAUGGGCAUCUUCAACCCGUUGGAAUAAUGGCGGGGGGAAGUGGUUAUCCACCAACUGAAACUUAUCCUAAUAUUUACAUUAGGAUUUCUCAUUAUAUAAAAUGGAUAAGAGAAAAUAUGGAAAAUGAUGAGGAAUAAAUUUUUUUCUCUUAAUAAAUUAUACUCCAAG